AUGAUUGAAAAUCAAGGCCUAUAUUUGUGCGGCAAACUAGUGUCAGAUUACAUGCAUGUUUUACUGUUUUUAGACCUGAAGGCGUUUGAAAGAAGAUUAACUGAAGUUAUUGCUUGUCUUCAACCAUCUACCACGCGAUGGAGAAUGACUAUGGUUUUAGUUCUUGUUGCAGUUGUGCUUGCUGUAAUGUCUAUUUGCACUGCGGUAGGAGCUUGGCAUUGGCUUACUGAUCCUCACACCUCUGCUGUUUCGUUCACUCAGUCUCUUUGGAAUCAUCCAUUUUUUGCAUUAGCAAGCGUUUCGUUAGUAAUCCUCUUCAUUUGUGGAAUUCAUAAAAGAGUAAUGGCUCCAUCAAUCAUCACUGCUAGAACAAGAUCUGUGCUUGGGGACUUCAAUAUGUCUUGUGAUGACACAGGGAAACUUAUUUUAAAACCUCGGCCUACAACAACUUGAUCACACAUAAUGAACAUGUAUGUUCAGGACUGUUAAAUUUUUUAUUUCAUUUGUGUCCCAUUAAGUCAUGUGUUUACAUUUUUGUACAUCCAGUGUAACUCUUCCAGCAAUGUAAUAAACAUUGUCAUAUCAACAUUUUAUAAUGUUGAGCCAAUUCAUUUAUUUGGUGCUCAAAGAAAUAAAAAAAAUAUUUUUAAUGUUCUCUGGUAGUUGUGUGUAUUUGUGCAUGCAAACCUGAGUUUAAAUGGACAUUGAUUAAGUUACAGAUAUAUUAAUCGCAAUGAGUAGUAGUUGGUGUUACUGAAUAAGGUGAUUCCAUGGUUGGAUGUUUCUUUUCAAAAUAAGUGGUUGACAUUUUGAAUAAUAGUUUUGCUUCAUUAUUAUUUACUUCUUUUCCCUCGUUUUGGUUAUUACUUGAAACUGGGUAGUCGUCCUCCAGGAGAUACUGCCUUAUAGUAAGUAGCAUUGACUGUGCUUGCAAAGUGGCAUGUGUGCUUUACUGAAAUUAAUAGCUAUGGCAGGGGUGGCAUUGCUGAUCGAUCGAAGAAUCAAUAGUGCUGCUCUGUAGUAGGGUCACUCUGAUGUACAAGCUCAGUUUACAGGUCAGUCUAAGGGUGGUCUCAUGACACCCAAUCAGUCCUAUCCCCUAAACCUACCUGCCUCAUCACUCUGCACCACAUCCAUUAUCCUCUCCUAUUUCUCCAUUGCUGACAUUGUCGCAGGAGGUACCUCUUCUGUUGUGGCACUUUUUUAUUUAUGCCUCACUUCUUCUAUAGGCCAUUUCAGGCCUUUUGUGUUUUUUUUAACUCAGAUUUUGAGGCUUUCUCUCCAGAUUCUCCAAAAUUCAUAUUCUCCUGUUGAUCUAGUUCAUAUUGUAACCCCUUGAAUUUGAAACCAAUGUUAUAAUUUUAAAGUGUACUUUACAUGAAGCCCCUGGGACAUUUUCAAAAAAAUGGCUACAUUGAUUUUGAUUAAAUUUUGUUGUUGG